AUGUCUCGCACGGAGACCCCGGAAGCCAAGGGCACUGUUGCCACGCUAUUUGCGGGCCCGGGCAGUGCUUCAAACUCUUCCUCGUCAGUCAGUGAGAAUGUCGGAUUUCGCUUCGUUCUGGACCGGACUGUUCAGAUGCUUUCCCACAAUGGGCUUCCUGAAAAUGGGCGUUUAUCGGGUCUGCUAUUUGUCCCAGAUCUGGCCCCCCAUGAUCCAUGCAAUCAGAUCACAAGCCCAUUCAUUCCAGGAAACGUGACGCGCCUUGAAGAUGUUUCAGAGUUCGGCUAUCCCGUCAUUGGACUGGCGCCAUGGAUUUCCCCGGAGUGUACUCAAUCCUUUCUGGCUGCCUCCCGAAAAGCAGGCACGGAUGCCCUUAUAUUCUUUCAGCCUUCGAGUAAUGAGUCUGGAAUACCUCCACCACCCAAUUCGGAUCGAUGGAGCUUGCAUGAUAAUAAUCAGUGGCUGAGCGAUAACAAUUAUCCUAUUUAUGCCGUGCCGGGCCCUGCUGGAGUGACUCUGAUGAAGGAACUUUCAUGGUUUUCAAACGGAACCUCUCAUAAUCAAACCUACAACGCCUCUAAUACUUCUUCAUCGGAAGAUCCACGACAGUCAGAUUCAAGACUCUUCACGAUGCUCGACGCAGAUAAAGCCGCCGCAUCGUCGCCGAAUCUUUGGAGUUUUGUGCUCGCAAUUUUGGGCACGAUAUUUGGCUUGACUUUGAUUCUUGUUGUCCUGUAUCGCAUGAUGCAGCGGAGACGACGAGAGGCCCUGCGCCAAAGAAUUGAAUCAGGCGAAGUGGACAUCGAGUACCUGGCGCUAAACCAGAUCAAAGUACCUGGAGAUGUUGUGAAACGUAUGCCGCUUUACACCUACCCAGAUAUAUCACGAGCGGAAACAAAAGAUGAAGGGCAAACCGAAGUCGCCGAGGUCGAUCCCCGAAGCAAGACGCCUUCACCAAUACCCGAAGAACACCAAACUAUACCCAAAGGUCCCACCGGGAUCCGAAAGCCACAAGCUGUGGUGAUCAACCCAAGGACCGAUGACCGGUCUGCACCGAAUCCUUAUCGACUGAGCCAUACCCAGACGACCUGUGCAAUCUGCCUGGACGAUUUUGUUGUUGGAUCGUCCACGGUCCGUGAAUUACCUUGUGGUCACAUAUUUGAUCCUGAGUGUAUCGACCCGUUCCUCAUGGAGAAUAGUAGCCUAUGUCCUCUGUGCAAGAAGAGUGUGUUGCCACCGGGUUGUCUUGAGAUUCCGGUGACAAACGAUAUGGUUCGUCAAGACCAUGCCUCUCGACGCAGUGGAUGA